AGGGUCGAUGAUUCUACGACACAAAGUGGUAGUAAAAAUGGUAAUCAAGGUAAUCAGCAAGUUAAAAACAAUGGAUUGUUUUUUGGAAAGAGACCAUAAAAUGUGAACACAAAACGUUUUUUUUUUUUUUGAUAUAUUUAACAUUAACAAUUUUAAAAGCAUUUCUUAUGCUAUUAAAUAUUUAAACGUAUUAAAAUACAUUUUUAAAAACAGUUUUAAAACGAUCUCAAAAAUUAUACUUUGAUUAUAUUUUAAGCUUAAUAUUAAAUUACAUCUAAUUUGAUGAGUUGGACACUCAUCAUUUUAUUUUUUGAAUGUAUUUUUAUAUUGAUUUAUAUUCACAAUUAUUACAAUAUUAUUGAACCUUUUAAAUGUUGUUAAGUUGAUUCUCAUUCUGUAGAUGAUAAUGCUACAAUAUUGUUGUACCUUUGUUUUUUUUUAUUUCAAACUAUUAUUGACCUUAAAUUUAAUCUUAUUGUAAGGUAUGUUUCAAGAAUAAAGCGUACAAUUUGUAUUAUCUCACAAAAAAACUAUUGUGAAUUUACUCUCAA